UUGUCGGAUGUCUAGCGCGGACAAAUGAACGAUAAUUUCUAACUCUGCAAUUUGAGUGUGUGUCUGUGAAAUUAUAAUCAUUUUACAUAAAGCUGAAAUUCCCAAAAAGUCAAAAAAUAAAAAUCAAAUAUUUUGCAAACAGAAAAAUAAAUUAGUAAAAAAGUGUAGAAAAUAGAAAACCAAAAGAAAAAAUAUAUAUAUACAAAAUAAAGUGAUAAAGAAAAGAAAACGGAAUCCUGAAGAAUUCGCAAAGAAAGUGAAAGUUGUUUGGAGCAGCAUUUGCAGGCGCCUAAAACUGUGACACAAGUUAAGGCCAAAAGAGAAAGUGUAUGUAUGACAUUCACUCAUACACACACACACACACACACAAACCCCCAUCAACAAAAAAUUAACAACGAAAACAAAUCGUUUAACAAGAGCCACAAAGCAACCAGCCAAAUAAACAAACAAACAGCCAAGCAAAAUAAAAAGUCAAAACAUCCCGUAUUGUGUUGUAAUGUUCUGUUCGGGGUACUUGGGCUUCGAAUGUGGGUCAAUACGGAGGCAGACCGGCCUUCAUAAUGUGCGUGUGUGAAUUGUGUUUAUUGUAAACGUUUAAACAUCAACACGAAAAAGUAAAACAAACCAGAGUAGCAGCAGUCGCCCCACACACGAAACGCAGCCAGUCGGGCCGUCAAUAACGCCAACAACAGCAACAACACUCCAUGUGAAAUCAUUACAUCUUCGAAUUGUUCUCAUUUCCUAAUUAAACACUUUGGAGGAGUGCAAAUUAAAGAAAUAAUCCUGAGAUUUGCAAAGAAUUUGUUGGAUUACGCUUUCCAGCAAACGCCAACCCUCCACUGAUAAUUUGGGAAAUGUAAGAGAACAGCAAAAACAACAACCACAAUAAAAUCCUUUAUCAUAUCAAACCUAAUUUAAGUUAAACUUAACUCAAAACAUAUCCAAACUUGUGCCAUCAACUUUAGAAUUUUAAGUACGAAAAAACACGAGGUUUUAGAAAAAAAAAAAAAAAAAAAAAAAAACAGCAGAUACAUAGCAGAGGAAUACCAAUUACAACAGCUAUAGCAAUAAUAAAAAAAGAACAAGAGAACAACUCAAACUCAUACAUAUUUAGAAAAAAAAAAUAAAAAAAUAAAAGCAAAACAAAUUUUAGACAUGGUCUUUAAUGUCAAAGCGGAAAUAAUGAAAAUGCCAGAGGGAAAGGUACAAAGGCCAUUGCAACAACAAAUCCAUUGAGGUUCGGGUGAAGUUACUGUAGUGUUCGCGCGGUGUCUCUAUGCUGCUGAGGGAGAGACGAGCUUCGAGCUAUUGAGAAAAUGAAUACUACAAAGCAAACUGUAAUUACAAUUUGAAAAGGCAACAGCUACAACAAAUUAACAUGUUUAUGGCAAAGGCAGCAGCAACGACGGCAUCAUUGUCCUCAUAAAAGGAUACAACGUGCCACUAACACUCCACAACAGUUGGAACUCAGCACCAACAUCAAUAGCUAGUUACGGCUUUGUCGAAGUUGCACGGUAAGCCCCGAUACAAAGGAAGGAAAUAAAAGCAAGGAAGAAAAAAAAAAGCAUAGUAAAUAGGGGAGAGAAUAGUGAAGGAAAGAAGUUCUCCAAGGCAGUUUCCUCAACAUUGCCUUUGAAAGACAAACAAUUUAUUGGUAAUUGCAGCUGGAUUGAACAAUAAAGCCAGGCCAUUACCUUGGCAGCAAAAUAACAACAACAACAAUUUCCUCGACAUGCAACAGCUUUUCUUUAUUCGGGCAGAAAAACAACAGACACCAGAAACCAUAGGCGGUGCAUAAACAACAGCAACAAACCAGCAGGCUACGGCCACCUGGCAUUGGCACAGUCGGGUCAUAAUGCAAUUUUCUUGCAACCGGAAAUAGUUGACGGAAACAACAGCUACAACAACAACAACAACACUGAACAUUGACAACGUUUAAAACGACAGUAUUGUGGCUAUAGCCACCAAUCCAAGUGGGCCAUCCACAGAGAUUUGGACAUUGGCCAGCCAGUCAGUCAGUUGGCCAUCCAACAUCAUCGCCAUCAACAUUGGCCCGGGCAUCCUCAUUCAGGGCUGUUCAGUUUGAGGUUGUGUCAAGGUUAGUCGGCAUUGUAAUAUGUUCACGAUUUCGGCGACACAUGCCGAUAAUGGUGAUGAUUUCCAGCGGAAAUGCAUUGAAUUGAUGAUCAAAUCAUAUCACAUCCUGAUACCCCGUUUCUCUACCAACUGCAGCUGCACUUCAAAUUCUGUCUAACUUUCAACGUAACACACUAACACAUAUACCACAAAAACUAGGCAAUAUUUCGACUGCAGUCCUCCGGCAAAUUCAGGAACGGAAAUUGAAUUUAAACACAACGGCUAAACAAUUGACAAGACCAAGGAUCGGGCCACAAUUGCCACAACCGCGGAAACCGGAAAUAGUUUAUCACAACGAUAUUUUAUUAGCAGCAAGGAAGUUGGAGAUAAAAAUUGCACUCGGAAUUUGCUGUUAUAUCUGAAAACACACAUUUCCCUGCAAAGCAAAGGAAUUUCCUGUCAUUCCGACUUUCGGUCAGCAUCUUUUCAGCUGCAUUGUGAAAUCGUAAAAUUUCUUCCCAACACAUUUCUUUAUUGCUCCUUUCUCUCUACGCCCCUCUCUCUCUCUCCCGCGAAGAAACCAAUUCUUUUCACUAAGAAUUUUGGUUUGUCCAGGCCACCUUAAUGACAGCUGCCAAAAGACGUACUAGCAGCAAUAGUGCGACAUUUGUUGCCGACAAUAGCAGUCAUCAUUAUUCAUCAUUGGAUCAACAGCCACAACCACAACAGCUGCUGCAGCAUCACGAACGGCAGUCAUCUGCAACAGGAACAGGAACAGGAAUAACAACGACAACACAGUCUCAUCAUAAUCGCGAAUACUACAGUAACCACCACCCCAGUCAUCAUCAGCAUCCUCACCGAGAACAGCAACAUGAACAUCAGCAUCUAUUGCAACAGGAGCCACAAACAGCGGGAUCAUCAGUUACGACUCUACUAUCAUCUGUUGGCCACAAUUACCAUCAUCAACAGCGUUACUCUGGUAGCGGCUCAACCUCCUCCACCACCAACUACGGCACAGCCAACCAGCAUCAACACCAACACCACCACCACCAGCAUCAUCAACACAACCACUACCACAACAGCAACAACAACAGCAGUAGUUCAUCGGCGACGUCAAACUCGACAGCGGCCUCAAUUAUGCGCGGCGAAUGUUCGGUGAAAUUGCCUUUAGAUAUUUUAUGGUUACCCAAAUCCGCCAUGAGGCCGGUGGGCCCCGAUACCUCACACAAUGACUGCAUACUGGUCGUUGGUGUGUCCCGUCCUAAAUUAGCCGUAGCCUUUCUUACCGUUAUGCUGAUAUCCUUAUUUCUGACAUUUCACGUUCUGUACGACAGUGCGGUCUAUAAUAUUCAAGCGGCCCAGGCGGUGCAUGAACAUCGCCGUUUGGCUUUAAUCAAUUCCAAUGGCAUUAGUGGUUUGCCAUCAGGUGUGGCGGGCGGUGGCGGCGGCGGUGUCAACGGUGGCACAGCUGGCAACGGUAAUCGCUUUAAUCACUUGCCCGAGGAUUACACGCAUAAUAACAAGCAUGCGGGUGAUAUAUCAUCAUUAUCAUCAUCGGCAUCAUCAUCAUCUUCUUCGUCAUCAUCGUCGUUAUCAACGCCCAAUCAACUGAUAAGUCAUCCAAUGGUAUUCCCUUCGAAUCGUGUACAUUUUCCUAAAACCAGUCGACGUUUACCACAGGCUCUCAUCAUCGGAAUACGCAAGUGUGGUACUCGAGCUUUGCUCGAAAUGCUUUAUUUACAUCCGCGCAUUCAGAAGGCCGGCGGUGAAGUUCAUUUCUUCGAUCGCGAUGAAAACUAUAUGAAAGGUCUGGAAUGGUAUCGCAAGAAAAUGCCACACUCGUUUCGUGGCCAGAUAACAAUAGAGAAGUCGCCCAGCUAUUUUGUAUCGCCCGAGGUGCCAGAACGUGUACGAGCCAUGAAUGCUAGCAUAAAACUUUUGCUAAUUGUCCGAGAGCCGGUGACAAGAGCCAUUUCUGAUUAUACGCAAUUACGUAGUCAUGCUGCAACGGCCACAUUACCACUGGCCAACGCCAAUGAAAACCAACAGCCGCAUCAACAACAACAGCAGCAGCAACAACCACAACACUCGUCGUCAACUGGAAAUGCGGGCAAAUUGUCCUCGCACUCAUCGUCGAUGCUCUAUAACAAAUUAAAUGCCGGUUACUCUUCAUCACAAAUAUACGACAACUCGAUAGGUGGGGGUGGCGGAGGAGGAGGCAGUGCAGGUGGUAUUGGCCCCGGCAGUGGUGGAGGACGUUAUAUUUACGGUUCAGGUGCCGGCAGUUUAAAGGCAAACUAUAACAAAAAUUUGCACUCAAUGCGCCAGUAUGAAACGACAACACCAAAUCCAGCAUCGGCGGCAGCUGCAGCGGCCCAAAUAUUGUCAAACAGAUCCUUUGAAGAGUUGGCCAUUUUUCCCAAUGGUACAGUUAACGAAUCGUAUCGCCCCUUAACCAUCUCCAUGUACCACUUACAUUUGCAUCGUUGGCUGGAAGUCUUCCCUAGAGAACAGAUUUUGGUUGUCAAUGGUGAUCGGCUGAUAGACGAUCCGGUAUCGCAGUUAAAGAAAAUUGAAACAUUUUUAGGCAUCGAGCAUCGCAUUACCAACAAUCAUUUCUAUUUUAAUGAAACAAAAGGAUUCUAUUGUCUGCGUUACGAUAGUGGUGAUCGUUGUUUGCGAGAGACCAAAGGACGAAAACAUCCUCACGUCGAUCCGGUUGUUAUCUCAAAGCUGCGUAAGUUCUUUGCCGAACAUAAUCAGCGAUUCUAUGAAUUGGUCGGCGAAGAUCUGGGAUGGCCUGAAGAAUAAGCAAAUGAAAGAAGGAGAAGGAUGAAAUUAAUCCCUGAUGAUAACUGUGUAUAAUAAUAAUGGUAACUGUAUGUAAAAAGAAUGUGUAUUCCGUUUCCGAUAAUGUAAGCUGUAAAAAGAAGAUAAACAAAAACAAUUUUGUUGUAGUUAGACAUUUCUCUGUAUUUGUAUGUAAAGAUGAAAUAUUGUAAAAAGGAAGCAAACAAGAAAACAAAAACAUAGUCAAGAACGCAAAUGACACAAGGAGUUAAACUCAGACUGUACAGAAUAUAUAUAUGUAUAUUUUAUGUUAAUGUUAUUUCCAAUUACAUUUACUUUUUUUUGUAUAAAUCGAAUGUGUGAAUGACCUCUUUUUUAAUUUCUGAUUAUUUUUAAUUGCAUAUCAGUGUAGUUUGUUCUUUAAUCAACUGAACUCAUUAUUACGAAGCCUUUUACAUUGAUACCGCACAACCAAAAAGAGUGAGAACAAAGUAAAUAUUAUUUUCAAGU